AUGACCGAGAAGCAGCCGGAAAAACACAAUCGUUCUCUGGUGCAGGAAACGACUUGUCAAAGUGUUGACCAGGGAACCAUGGAGCAACAGCCAGCAGAGUCCACGCCAUACUCGGCGGCUGCUGAGCGAAAGCUUGUACGAAGAAUUGAUCUGAUGAUUCUGCCACUCAUGCUGGUUGCAUAUAUGAUGGCCUACCUUGACAAACAAGCCCUAAGCUACGCAGCACUGAUGGGCCUUCAGAAGGAUCUUCAUUUGGUCGGAUCACAGUACAGUUGGACCUCUGGGAUUUUCUAUUUCGGAUAUCUUUUCUUCUCCAUGCUAUGGGCUGUCGUGCUUACCUGCCAUGCUGCCACGAAGAACUUUACGACCAUGAUGGUGACUCGGUUCCUGCUCGGAUGCACCGAAGCCAGCCUGUCUCCGGGCUUUACUCUGAUAACCUCACUCUGGUAUCGAACCUCUGAGCAGCCCUUACGUGCAGGAAUCUGGUUCUGUGGGAACGCCAUCUCUGCGAUUUUGGGGAAUUUGAUCGCGGUGGGAAUCCUGCAAAUCAAGGAACAUCUUUACCCAUGGCAGUGGCUCUUCAUCAUUUUCGGACUCGCCACGCUUGCAUGGGGCCUUUUGAUGCUUCUUCGUCUGCCGGAUUCACCUACCAAUGCAACGUUCCUCACAGAAGAAGAACGCGCUAUCGCGAUCGAGAGAAUGAGAGCGAACAAGACGGGUUUCAAAAACACCCACAUCGAUCGCAGCCAGAUUGCGGAGGCUUUUACGGAUAUCAAGACUUGGCUUCUCGCGAUUCUGAUUCUCGCUUCGAAUAUCCCCAAUGGCGGGUUCACUACUUUCAAUGGAUUAGUACUCAAAGGCUUCGGGUUUGAUACCUUCCACACGCUCCUACUUGGAGUACCCGGCGGCUUCAUCGUUUUCGUCUUUGUACUUGUCAGCUGCACAAUCUCAUCCAAGGUCCCCAACAGUCGUUGUCUAGUCAUCGCAGCCGCGAUUACAGUCAGCAUCAUCGGAAGCGUAAUGGUAUACGCAGGGACUAGUACCGGUGUUCGUUACGCCGGCCUCCUUCUCAUGGGUAUUUAUUCCUGCAGCAUGCCAGUCUCCUUGGCCAUGAUCAGCUCCAAUGUCGGUGGCUUCACGAAAAGAUCCUCUGUCAGCGCCAUAUACUUCAUCAUGUACUGCGCUGGCAAUAUCAUCGGGCCGCAGUUGUUCUUCGCGCGCGAAGCGCCCAAGUACCAAAGCGGCUUCCUGGCCACCAUCGUCUGUCUCGCAAUCUGCCUUAUAACAGCCCUGGCCCUGUUCUUUUAUCUUCGCUGGGAAAACGCGCGACGUGAUCGGUUGAGCAUGACGGGUCGGCCAGCCGAGCUCAGUGCACCCGGUGAUAAGCAAGAGACAGGCACGUCGGCGCCGCUGGUAGAUGUCACGGAUUUGAAGAACUUGGAUUUCCGCUACGUGUACUAA